UUACCUGAGAAUAUUUUGCUUACUAACUCUGGGGAACUCAAGCUUGCUGAUUUUGGCUUGGCUGUGAGAAUUUCUGAGGGUCAGAACUUGACGAGUUUGGCUGGAAGUCCUGCAUAUGUUGCGCCAGAAGUAUUGUUGGGUAGGUAUUCUGAGAAGGUGGAUAUAUGGAGUGCUGGAGUGCUCCUGUAUGCUCUGUUGGCUGGUAGUCUUCCAUUUAAAGGAGAUUCACUUGAGGCUGUAUUUGAAGCUAUUAAGAAUGUCAAACUAGAUUUUCAAACUGGCAUGUGGGAGUCAAUAUCUAAACCUGCACGAGAUCUUGUUGGGAGAAUGCUGACAAGGGAUGUUUCAGCAAGGAUAACAGCUGAUGAAGUACUUAGGCAUCCAUGGAUAUUGUUUAACACAGUGUGUUCAUUGAAGAUUCCGCCAGUUGGAUCAAAACUGAAGCACCAAAGUGAAGCUGCUAGCCAAAAGGUUGUAGCUGAACCUAGGUUAGGAGGAAGUACCAUGCAUGAUGGCUCCCUUAAUGAUGUUUCAAGCCCUUUUUCAUCAUCUGGAAGUUGCAAUUCAGAAUACCAUGAUGAUUGUGUGUGGAUUGAUGAACUUGCAACUGCAAUUUCACAUGUGAGGAUAUCUGAACCUAAGAGGAACAAGUUGUGGGGACCCACUGGUCCAAUUGAUCAGCAAGGUUCAUCUAACAUGAAGGCUAACCUCUGUAAAGCAUUUUGA